CUUCCCUCCACUGCCUAGUGCUACAUCACAAUGGGGGCAGCGGCCGGCUCCGAAAUCCUCAAUCCCCAUUAGAAACAAACUUUCUCCUGAUAUUCCCACAUCAGGUUGCAAAAGACAGACACUUGAUGACCUGCCCCCUCCAAAACCACAGCGGGAACUGAGGAGGCAAAAGUGGCAAAAAUCCAACCCCGUGGUAUUCACCAAAACAGCAAUGAUGGAGGAGGUCCAAGCAGCUCAGGCCUCCAAAGCCCAUAAUGAGCCCCGCAGCCAGCUGUCACGUUCAUGCCAGAGUAGAGAUGUCAAAGAAGCAGCAAAUGUGUCCACUGUAGAAGCUGCAGUUGAGAGUAAGCAGAUGAGCAAAAAACAAGGGCAUUCCGAUUUGCCUGUGUUUGCUGCGUUCCAAGCUGGAGGGAAGCCGAUGGCUGAAAACCUCCCCAUUACAGGUGGAGAUGGACUGCAGGGAAAGAGUGCAGAUGGUUCCCGUGUGGCACACGACCCAGCUGGCACUGACACUGCAAGCACAAGGGAGGCAGCUGGCCCUCCUCAAAAUGCCAGGAGUCACCUCUUCCAAGAGGAUGCCACAGUGUUGGGGAGGAAAACCCUGAGUUCAGCCACUGACAAAGUAGGUGUGCCAGUAGGCCAUAUGGCCAGGGUCCAGCCACAGCCAAGCCAGUGUGAUAAGGCUGAAUGGAGGAAGAGCAGCAGGUAUUUCCCUCAGAAAGCACCAUUGCCAGGGCCUCAAGGUCUUGCUCCAACCACAGGCAUGCCUGCUUCAGGGUGCCCUAAUUCACAGAGACCUGCACACCCCCCACCAGGUUUCACCCAACCUCAGUUAACUCCAGAGAGUGUAGCAAUGGCCUGCUUCUUGCUGAGCUGUGUGGGAGUGCUCCCAGUGCAUGACCUCAAACCUGUCUACAUGUCUGAAGACACCCACCAGCAGCAUUUUCCACUCUUCAACAGUGACAAUUUUCCAGACAAUGUGAAUCCUUAGGGAGCGAGU